GCUUCUCGCGCGCGGACGGAUGCGGCUGCCGGUGGAGGGCACGGACCUGAGUCUCGGCCCGCGCUCCUGCUGUCGCUCCGGCUGCCCCAGCCACCCUGGCACCGAUGCGGCCGCGGGCUGGAGCCUCUGCACCUCGGGGCUUAUGAGCUGCACCAGUGUUCUAGCCUGUUCAUCUAACCCCAUGAUGGCUGUGGACAUAGAGUGCAGAUACAGCUGCAUGGCCCCUUCCCUGCGCAGAGAGAGGUUCGCCUUCAAGAUCUCACCAAAGCCAAGCAAACCUCUGAGGCCUUGUAUUCAGUUGAGCAGCAAGAAUGAAGCCAGUGGAGUGGUGGCCCCAACCAUCCAGGAGAAAAAGGUGAAAAAGCGAGUGUCCUUCGCAGACAACCAGGGGCUGGCCCUGACAAUGGUCAAAGUGUUCUCGGAAUUUGAUGACCCGUUAGAUAUUCCGUUUAACAUCACUGAGCUCCUAGACAACAUCGUGAGUCUGACGACAGCAGAGAGCGAGAGCUUUGUGUUGGAUUUUUCUCAACCUUCGGCAGAUUACUUAGACUUUAGAAACCGGCUUCAGACCGACCACGUCUGCCUGGAGAACUGCGUGCUGAAGGACAAAGCGGUCGCAGGCACCGUGAAGGUGCAGAACCUGGCGUUCGAGAAGACGGUGAAGAUCAGGAUGACCUUCGACACCUGGAAAAGCUUCACAGACUUCCCCUGUUGGUAUGUGAAGGACACUUACUCUAGUUCAGACAGGGACACGUUCUCCUUUGACAUCCGCUUACCUGAGAAAAUCCAGUCUUAUGAAAGAAUGGAGUUCGCUGUGUGUUUUGAGUGCAACGGCCAGACGUACUGGGACAGCAACAAAGGCAAAAACUAUCGCAUCACCCGGGCGGAAUUAAAGUCCACCCAGGGCCCGGCCGAGUCACGAAAUGGACCCGAUCUGGGAAUCUCCUUUGACCAGUUUGGAAGCCCUCGGUGCUCCUACGGUCUGUUCCCAGAGUGGCCUAGUUAUCUAGGGUACGAAAAGCUAGGGCCCUACUAUUAGUGACCACGUGUGACGGAGCCCAGCUGAGUGGGGCAGACGAGCCCAGCUGCAGUCACAGAGGGACGGAGAUGGAAAGCCAAGAGAAUAGCUGAACUGCCAUCAGGCACACUUUCCGAAAAGAAAGGAUCCUAUUCACUUUUUCCUUCAACCAGCAAGUCCAGCCCGGCUUAGACCACAGAACCGGUUUCGCGCUCAGAGUGGCCAUGGUGUGCCGGUCUGCUUGGCACCUGUGGCAGCCACAGGGUACGGGCAGGAUGGUGCCAGCGAGGGUCUGGGCGGGAGCCAGGCCUGCAGGCAGUGCUGGCGAGGCUAGAGGAUGGUGGCUUCAUAACGAUGCCACUCGGAGGGUGCCGGGGCUAUGUGGAGGAGCGGCUUAGGAACGUCAGUCACUCGGAUGUCACUCCAUCCCCAGCCACCUUCUGGCCCCUUGCCGUUCUCUGGCUUCUCUCCACCCAGCCAGGCCCUCCUACCUCUCGCUGCUGUCUCACAUCUCCGCGUCCUUCACAUUUUGUCUCCAUGCGUUUUUUUGGUGUUUUUCUUCGACAGUUCAUCUGAUGUUCAGGAAAAGAUAAUACAGGCAAAUCGGCCUGGGAGGCAGGCAUUUCCUCUUGCUGGGCCCCGUGUGUAUUCCAGCGGAGAGCAGCUCGCCAGUGACCCAGAGUAACUGGCGUCCCUGCAGCCUGCGGAUUGCUGGCUCAGGACAGGCAGGACAGCCGAGAGUGGGACACGUUUUGCUUCUCUUGGCUUUUGGGGGAGCUUUCUAAGCACUCAGACUUACCCGGAGUCACCAGAAGGCUCACCUACAAGGGGUGUUUCAACUUGCUCGGCUGGUUGGCCGGCGUCUUAUUCUUUAUACGCGGAUUGUAGAUCGCCCUUUCUGGAGACUCAUCUUUUACACUGUGUUCAGGACAGUUGGGUUGGCAGAUCCAAUGUAUCCUGGAAGCCUUCCGAACAUGUUUGCUUUUAUUUUGACUGUGAUUUACAGGACCCGGGACAUUUUACAAGCACCCAGGGACUUUGAUUUGGGUGUCCUUAUUUAUGCUGUGUGAGUAUGUGAAAGGGGCAGAGGAGGAAAACCUCUCUAAGUUCUCCGAUGUUUGCCAGCUCUGAAAUAGCGGACAUGAAUUGUUCUCCACCGUAUUGGACAGAAGAAUUACAAAUCUGGUGGGUCAUGUGGUUAUGAGACUCCUGGGACUUUCACUGUCAGAUGGAUCCCCAGAUCCUGUGAUUAUUUUGGGGCAAGACUGGUUUGUACUUGGGGGUGUUUAAAAUAUUUUUACAUGUGUAUUUGUAGAAGGUUUGGGGUUUUUCUGUUUUUGUUUUGGGAGAUUAAAUGACUGUCUCGUUUUCCUUUUGCCUGAUUUACUAAAGUGAGGUUUUCCUAAGGGAAGCAGGAAGUGGGACGCACCGCUACUGGACUCUGCAGGCAGAGGGUCUCCGUCCAUUUGCAUUUUCCAAAUCAAUCAGGAAACACCUCCCAGCUUCUUUGUCGAUCCUGUCGGGUGUCGGGCAGGUACGGAGUGUCUUGGCUUCUGGAGUUUGGUGGGUGUUUUUUUUUCUUUGAACUUUAAAAUGUUUUAACUUUUCAAACGCUCUUUAAGUUGUGUUUGAUGUAAUUCUUCUUCCUAAAACUGGCUGUUACUAGUCUGUAAUCUCGUGCUUUAUUGUUUAUGCCUCUCCCAGGUGGGCAGCACUGAGGGAUGCCAUGAUAAUGUAAUUUCUGGGAAAAUCACAUUUACUUACGCUGAAAUGGGGCAGAACUGUGUUUUAUCCAAGCAUAUCUUACGCCAAGUACACAGAGAGCACUUUGUGUUACAAAUCUGGUGGUCAGAGCUCUUAAGAGUGUAAAUCUAAAUUGAAUAGAAGCAACAUUUUGAUUUUGUUUUAAGAAGUCUCCCCCCUCCUCCUCCUCCAUUUCAGGAAAGGUACAAGGUGCACUGUCGUUUACAUGUUCCCCGACUACAGGUGAUGAGAUCAUUCUGUGUUCAUGAGAAAAACGCCUCAAGUGACUUGUGUAUGGCUGUCAAUAAUAGUGAUCCUAAGGCAUUCCUGUGUCAAAAUUUGAAAUAGGGUAAUUCAGUGAUAAGUAUCUCUUCUAAAACAGCCAUAAACCCUCCCCCUCCCCUGCUUUGCUCCCAGCUCUCCCCAGAUAUUUUUGCUGGCGGCUCUGCCUGCACGCCCCCAGCCAGUGCACCUGGGCCACUCACCCCACGGGGCAAGUCCUCACCCGCUUGCAAAGACCCUGCUCUCAGUAAGGAAUCUGGUUGCCCGACUUCCCUGUCAGCAUCGCCAUUCAGUGAGGUUGUAGGAUCUGAAGAAUACUGUCUCCUCCUCACCAAGCAGUCCUCCUUCUGUCCGGCUCUGUCCCAGAACACGAGGAGCGUCUCCUUGGCUCACCCUCAGCCCACAGGUCUGCACACCUGAGAGAGGGGCCUGUUUCUCAGUCGUAGACUCCCCUGCAGCCUGACCUGUAGGUUUGGCCCUCAGACAGCUCUUGGUUGUGAUGACAAAUGGCCUCCAGUCCGGGGUGCUUCCCGAGUCGCCCCAGCAAGCCCAGCCUCCUGCUGGUGGUGUGGUGCUCCAGGAAUGGGCAAGCAGCUCCGUUUUGGUUUCAUAUUUAUUCCCCCUGUGCCCUGGGGAGCACUUGCAAAUUAGGUGCAAUAAAUAAGCUGGACUAUAUAAAGAUAGAAUAAACAAGCUUUCAAUGUUUCUUGGGAGAGAUGAAGCAUUUGAGUGGGUUUCUUUCUCUCUUGUUUAAUAUUCUUGUUAUAUGGGAGCUGGUGAGAAAUAGAGUUAUGUAGUUCUCUAGAAAUUAAAUUUCAGAAUCAAGGUAGAAUUUAUUUUUUUUCUCUAAGAUGUAAUUUCAAUGGUGGCAAAACAUGACUCUUUCAAUGUUUUUUAAAGAUGUAAAGUUUGAACUGCUAAACGAAUUUGUGGUUUUGAUCUUUGCAUAUAAUUUGCUUUAUAAAAACAAGCGUCACUUUGUAGGCACUUGGGAUAUAUAUAUAUAUAUAUAUAUAUAUAUACCCAAAAAGUGGUUGUUUGCUCACUUUUUAGAAAUGCCUGUUUCUGGCUCUUAAUGGACAGUGAAUGGAAACCUUGGUUGUUUUUUCAUUUGUUUCCUCUUUUAAAGUUCCCCGACUGGAUGUGGUUUGCCGGAACAGGCCUCGUGUCUUUUUGCUCUGGGAGGUCCCGAUCUACUUAUCUCCUCAGAUAUGAUCACUGAAAUGGGGAGAGUGAAGCUGACAGUGGGAUCUUACAGGGUCAUCCAAAGACAGCUUGGCAGCUACUUCACUGCCUGAAGUGGGACCCAUCUGGGCGGGGAAGGGUAGCUGUGGUUCUGGGCGGCUUUUCCCCACUGCGGUCAGAAAGCAUUGCAGCCCAGGUUGUAAAGCUGUGAAUGUUUUUACAGUUUUGUUCUCAGUUCCUAGAGAUUGCUGGGGCGGGAGGGGGAGGGGGACUCCAAGAAUGCAGCUGUGAGGAUGGCGUUUCGCUUUGAUGUCAAUGUGAAUGUCCAGCUGAAGUGACUCAGCUUCAUUGGAUGCCGAAAAGUGCCUUGUCAAGAAAUUUCCACGUUUUAAAAAAAAAUAAUAAAUAUUUUUGUACACAAUGUUCAAGGGGAAAUGCACUUUAAAAUCACAAGAAUGGAUGUA